AUCUACCUCGUUUGUCACUCAUUCUGCAAUCAAAGAUUAUCGUUACAUUAAAGACGGAAGAUAAAUCUGAUCAUCUACUCUGAUGUGAAAUUUUGCAAUCUGAAAUAGAUAAAUCGUUAUCAUUGAAUUUAUUUUAUUUUAUUUAGUUUUAUAAUAUUUUUAAUAUAAUAUAAUUAUAAAAUUAUCUUUAUAAAUUUAAUUUAAAUAAAUUUAAUUUUUCUACAAAGAAUUAUGAGUCUUAAAUUAUACUAUGAUUUAUUAUCACAACCAAGUAGAACUCUUUAUAUAUUUUUAAAAAUUUGUGAUAUACCAUUUGAAGCAAAAUUAAUAAAUUUAGCAAAAGGUGAACAAUUUAUACCAAAGUAUCAAAAUAUUCAUCCCUUUCAAAAAGUACCAGCUAUUGAACACAAUGGUUUUAAUAUGAUGGAAAGUGUUGCAAUUUUGAGAUAUAUCUGUAGAGAAUUUAAGGUAGCUGAUCAUUGGUAUCCUAAAGACUCAAAACUUCAACUUAGAGUUGAUGAAUAUCUUGAAUGGCAUCAUUUAAAUACCAGACAACAUUGUAGUAUGUAUUUUGUUAUGAAGUAUUUAAUGCCAAAAUUAAGUGGACAACCAGUGACACAAGAAAUUAUGAAAUAUGAAAAAAAUAUGAUUGAAAUACUUAAUGUUUUAGAAAAUGUUUGGUUGAAAGACAAAAAUUUUUUAACUGGUUCUGAGAUUAGUAUUGCUGAUAUUCUUGGAGCAUGUGAAGUGGAGCAAGUUCGAAUAGGUGGAUAUAAUCCUCAAGAAAAUCGACCUCGUAUAGCUGCAUGGAUGAAAUGUGUUAAAGAUAAAACAAGUCCUUAUUAUCAAGAAGCACAUAUAUUUUUAAAUAAGCUUGCAACUAAGACAAAAGAAGAUGUAUUAAAGAGCAAGAUUUAAGAUUUUAUUCAUCAUAUAUGUAUUAUAUG